AUGAUCAACCCCACUGCGGCAUGGUCACCACCUUUGAAGAAUACACUUCGUUCCGAGGCCCGGGAGGUUCACGAAGCUUCCAAUCGAGACCUAACAGCGUGCACCUUCAAUGCCGAUGAGCUAAAAGAGCAAAAAAGAAUACGGCUUCGCGUAGAUCUUCGAUUGUGCUCAAUCGCAGGCAUCUUGUGUUCUUUGAACUUGCUUGACUCGGGAGUUAUCUCAAAUGCAGCAGUGACGAGUAUGCUCGUAGAGCUAGGCCUUGAUAAAGGGAAUCGUUAUUCGGUGUCGAUCUUUAUCUUCACAAUCGCAAGUAUUGCGUUCCAACUACCGUCAACGAUUGCUGUUCGGGUUAUAGGACCAAGGGUGUGGUUUAGCCUCAUUACCUUUACGUUUGGCACAAUCACGUUUUGCACAGCGUUCGUCACGAGCUGGAAGCAAAUGAUCCUGCUCAGAAUUUUGCUCGGCAUUGCCAUGUCCGGGAUAUACCCUGGGUUGACCUAUCUUAUCAGCACAUGGUAUACUAGAGAAGAGCAACAAGUACGGUUCGCACUUCUACAAACAGGCGAGGUGAUGGUUCUGGCUACUGGGGGCUUUGUUAAUUUCGGCUUGAACAAAUUAGAUGGCAGGACUCUGAAGGGGUGGCAAUGGAUGUUUCUUGUUCAAGGACUUAUUACCUGCGUCCUCGCCAUAGCCACCUACUUUUGGAUGGUAGACUUCCCUGAAAACGCAGACAAAAGCUUUAGGUUUUUGGACAAGCGAGAAAGCGCCAUCAUGGCGAGCCGGAUCCAUCGCGAUCGAGGGGACGUGACGGCAGACAAAUUCGCCUGGUCUAAAGUUCUUAUUCAUGCUUCAGAUAUGAAGAUUUGGGCGUUCUGCUGCAUGUUCUUUCUGUUGAAUAUUGUGUCCACGAGCAUGUCAUACUUUCUGCCCACUAUUCUACACGACGGUCUUGGAUAUAGCUCGUCGAAGUCGAUUCUGCUAAAUGCACCUGUCUACUAUUACGCAGCACUUCCGGCACUAAUAUCCUCCUACUUGGGCGACAAACUCUCGCUGCGAGGACCAAUCAUCUCAUUCAAUUCCGUUGUCUUGAUUGCAGGAUACAGCAUGCUUGGUUUUAUUAACGAUGCGAGAAUACGCUAUGCCGGAACUUUUUUGGUAACAGGGUCAUAUGUUGCGAAUUGGGCAGCGUUGAAUGCUUAUAUGGCAUCAAAUAUAACCGGUCAAUGGAAGAGAGUGUUCGCAUCUGCAAUGACAACAGCCUUCAAUGGCGCUGGGGGAAUCGCAGGGGCAUACAUCAUUCGGUACAACGAAGCGCCGAACUAUCCAACUGCAAUCUGGACCUCUAUAGGAUCACAUAUUCUGAUGAUCGUCUUCGUUUUAGUCUUUUCUGCUUAUUUCAUGUCCGCAAAUAAACGGCAAGCAAAAGGAAAGAUCGUUUUGGAACAUACGCCAGGGUUUCGCUUUACUCAUUGA